CACAUUGACAAUGGCACAUAAAACGUCAGUAGGUCUUAAUAUCCGUCGUAAUGUGUUUGAUAUUUCAAGGAACAUUCGUUUUGUUCAAAUAGUUAGUUUCUUUUUCGUUUUAUUCGACCUAAAUGCAAAACAAAAUCGAAAUGAGUGAUGAUGAAAUCAUCGAAGAUAUUCCGGUUUAUUUUUCAAAAACACUUGCCGAUAACCUAUAUGUUCUGCAAUAUCCGACUCGAAAAGCCGAUGAAAAUGCAAACGAUGCUGUGAUACUGAAAAGUUAUGUGAAGCCAGUGAAUCAGGAAUUGAAAAUUCAAUACAAACUCGACACCGCUUCACGUCACUAUGAUGCAUUCAAGGGUGAACAGUUGGCCAUUGCGGCCGAUGGAAAGGAUCGUAGCGAGCGAAUGUAUGACAGCGGCACUAUGGAUCAUCAAACCUUUGUUAGUUCUAAAUCGAUGGAAAAUCCAAAGCGAUACAUUGUUGGCUAUAUGACAAACUAUCAUGAUAAGGGGAAAGAGAUGCACCUCUCACUGAUCAAUGGCAUCAUUCAAAUGCGACCGAGUUUUUCACAUUUCGACCGAUUCGAGUCACGACGAAUCGCCGAACAAAAAGCCGAACAAGAAAGUGAUGCCGAAGAAGAGGAACCCAAACAUGUGACCGUCAAAUUUGCCCGCACCGAAACCGAUCGUACGCGAAAAGCACGUGAAAAAUCGUUUAAUUAUCUGUUGAAACGAAGUGAAGAUGAACCGUGGUGCGAAGCGGAAUGGUGUGCUCAGGAUACAAUUCAGGCUCAAUUGGAACGGCAAAAAUUAUUUUCCACCAGCGACGAAUCAACCGGCCAUGCACUUAGUUUACCUCACAAUGAGUAUGUCGAGAUUUUAAUUCCGGCCGAACGUGAUUUCAGCAAUGUCGAUAUAGCAACGAAUUCAACCAUGUGCAGCAUGAGUAAAUUGAAAACAUUUCCAUUGCCCGAUCAAAUUCGCUACAUUUUGAAGGAUGCCAGAGUCGUGCCGUUUGAACGUUUGGCGGAAAUUAUUGGCAAGAGUAUUUACAAUGAAGAAAAAAUUCUUCGCGCACUGCCCACCGUUGGCCUAAUGAUCCAUGGCAAUUGGGUGGUUCAAUCGGAAGCAAUUUACCCACCAAAAACUGUAUCAUCUAUCAACGGUGUAUCAGCAGAGCUGAUGUGCCGAGCUCGUGAUUAUAUUCUUUAUCAGUUUUAUCGCAAUGAAUUUAUUGAUCGUAAAAAGAUUAGCCUAGUAACACAGGUGCCACCCGACGAAGUAGAAGAAUUAUUGUUAACGAUAUCAAAGUGGGACGGUAAAAAUGGUUGGCAAUUACUGCGUUCGCCAAAUCCUCGUUUCGAACAAAAAUACCCUGAACUUAAGCAACGACAAGACAUUUUCUGGCGAUCAAAAGAAGAACUCUUCGUCGAAAUGGAACAAGAAGCACGAUCACCGCGACGAAAACGAAAAAUUUCAGUUAAAUCAUCCACCUAAGUUAUCAUAAAUAAUUAUUCAACUUUUUUAUUUGUGACAAUUUUUUUUAUUAUAUAUUCGAAAUGAAAUCUGAAUAAAAAGUUAAUUCAA